AUGUCAGGUAAAAAUUAUAAUGUUCUAGUGGACAUGGAUGAUGGUGGCCAUGACUAUUCACAGCCUGCCACCAUUGAAAGUGAUGGAUUAGAGUUCCAAGACUUUUCAAAUAGUGCAGGAAACAACACUUCAGCUCCUCCACCUCCACCACCGUCUGGACGUACCGGCAGUUUCUUUGAUACACAACAACAACAACAACCCACACGGUCCAGUGGGACUGGCAAACCAGUUUGGUCCCUGGAUUAUUACUCACAAUUCUUUGAUGUCGAUACCUCUCAGGUUUUGGAGCGAUGCUUGAAAACGGUGUAUCCUGUGGGCGACUUUGCAAACGACACACUCAACAACCAACCUGAUCUCUACGGACCGUUUUGGAUCUCGACAACGGUCGUGUUUGCGCUGUUUGUCUGCUCCUCCUUGGCUGGAUCCUUGGCUGCCUAUAUUGCCAACGUACCCCAUGAGAGCGAUUUCCGUUUGCUCAGUUAUGCGGUCGGUGUCGUCUAUACGUACGGGUUUCUGUGUCCUGCAUUGGUUUGGGCAGCUACAAAGUACUUUGGUUGCCAACCAAGUCUCCUUGAGAUCAUCAACUAUUAUGGUUAUGGUCUGACGAUUUGGAUCCCUGUGUCGACAAUGCCACCGACAUCCCGACGACAACAAAAGAUUCUAGAGAAACAGAAACAAGAGGCUGCUCAUCGCAAACAGAAAGCGAGUAGCUAUGUCAAUCAAGCCCCUUUUCGCUAUGCCGAACGUAACUUUAAAUCGCGAGUUCCGCCACCUGAUUUCAGCAAAGUAGUUGAUCUUGACCAUCGUGACAGCAACGAUCCACGCAUUAUACAGAUUCCACUACCACAGAAACUUGUUUCGCCCCAUUUCGCCCGAGAAGAUUCUAAUGCUUUUCUCUUGAAAGACAUUCCUGGACUUAUUAUUAUCCAGAAUCCAUUUACUGACAAGGCGCAGCGUCAUUUUAUACGACAGUGUCUAUCGCUUUACUCACAAGCACCCAACACAUCCAAUUUGGAUACCCAUUAUACCAUUCCUGCCGACGGUCUGUGGAACCUCUGUGAACGAGAGCAUCGAGGCGAGCUUGAAGAAGGCUAUUGUAUUCCACGGAAAGAUCGUACUACGGAACAAGAUGCAUCAUCAGACGAAGAAAAGAAAAAACAGGAUCCACCCCCAGUAGAAACCGUGCCACUGAUGCCACCCUCACAACUGAUCUACAAGAUGCGCUGGAUCACAUUAGGCUAUCAAUAUCAUUGGCCGACCAAAACAUACCAUUUUGAUCGACGCUAUGAUGUACCUGAACAAGUCGAUGCGUUGACGCGUGCCGUCGUCACUGCUGUUGAAGGUGUCGGUCACGAUGGAUGGAAAAACACAUAUCGUGGCGCUGAUUACAAGACAGAGGCCGGUGUAGUCAAUUAUUAUCAAUAUCGUGAUACCUUGAUGGGCCAUGUGGAUCGAAGUGAGCUGAAUAUGCAAGCACCUCUUGUAUCCAUCAGGUACAAUCACACCUUCGUCCAGCAUACAACGCACGUUCUAAAACUCUUGUUUAUUAUUGUAGCUAUGGCAACGAUUGUAUCUAUCUGA